AACACAAAACUUUGGCCAUUCAACCGUAACGAAAAUGGGUUAAGCGUAACUUAAUCGAUUGUUAUAGUAGUUAGUGCAAAUAAAUACAUGAAUAUAUGAUAAUGCAAUGCAACACAUAUUAUAUAAGUAUAUAACUCAAGCAGCACCAAAAAAGAACAAGUGGCAUAGCAGGGACCCUAGCAUGGUCCGAUAUGGGAGGAGGUUGAUGAAUUGAUUGGCCAUUAUAGAGCCCAAAAUGCAACAACGACAAGGUUGCCCGGGUAACCGGUACGCCAACGUGGUUACAACCCUUUUGUACAACCACCCACCACCGCCACUAGUUCGACGAUAGAUAGCGUGAUUGAUCUCGAUCGGUUCCCUUUUGGACUGUUGUUUCUAGCUGUGGGCAUUGUUCAUUUUUGAUUAUUAAUUCAUCAUAUUUCAGCAUUUUUCUCAACCACUUUUGUUCGUUUUCUUGCUUUGCUUUCUGGGGUUUAUUAUAUAUAUAUAUACAUACACGUUUUUGUAUAUACAUAAACAUAUAUACAUAGCGUACGUUCUUUUGGUUUAUCAGAUAUGGCGACUGGAUUAUACACUGCGUCACCAUUAUUGAGUAGAUUUGAGGGAAAAAACUCAGGUAUUACUAUUUCUGGCAAUUCAUGUGGAUGGACUGGAAAUUUGAUCUUCAUGGUUGAGCUUCGAAAGAAGAUCCUAACAUUUCGAGAUAUUAUUGAUCUUCCUCCUUGUGACGGUUCAAGUCCCAUCAACGAGCUGGUCAAGGGAACAGUUGAAGAUCUCCACAAGCUGUAUCCCAAUGUUGUCCCCUACAAUUUCCAUGCUUCAGAAAUUGAAAAUAUUUCAAUAGAUCAUGGAUUAGCUCUUUUAUACAGGGCAUUAAAAGCAAUUGGAGAUUCAUGGGCUAAGAAUCACAAGUGGAUAAACAAUUGGGGACAUAAUGCAGGAGAUUGUUUGGAAAACAUGAUCAGUUUGGAGCAACUUGGGGGAAAAGUGCUAGCCGAGCUUAGAUACAUGACAGAUAUUGCUAAAGAAAUGUUUGAUGCGAUGGAUGAAGAUGAUAAAAGCAACAAUGAGGACAGAGUUAAGAGCUCCACCAUUGGAGAAGUAUUGAUUGAAUGUUAUUCAGACAAAAAACUCUUGAGUUGUCCUUCACCAAAUACCCCAACUUCACCAUCUCCCGAGCUUAGUUCUUUUGGUAUGGAGCUCAGCCAAUUGGGUAGUCAUCAUGAUCAUGAUGCUUCUAAUAACUCUGCUAGGUCACUUCUCUUGCCUUUUAGACUCAAGGCACUGGAAAUGUUGAAGCCUGUGGGAAUGAAGCACCUCUUUUCAUUUGACAUUUCUCCUCCUUCUUCACUCACUCAAGAUUCCAAUGAUUACUCAAAAGAAAAUACAAUAAACAACAAACAAGAAGCUCAACAUGAAGAGAUGAGAAAUAGCACCUCAAAUUCAAUACCUGAUCAGCCAAUAGUGUUGACACCAUCAACUCUUACCCCACCGUCGCCGCCUCCUCCUCCUCCACCACCACAAGAACUUCCACCAAUUCCACUUUCAUGUGGCCCACUUUUAGGCGUGGUUGCAGGAAGGCCUAGUCCGCCACCUGUUCCGCCGCCUAUAGGAUCAAUAAAUGCGCCGCCAUUACCGCCCCCUCCAAUGGCUCCAACAAAAUUAGGAGGCAUGCCGCCACCUCCUCCUCCUUUGGGUGCUUCUAAAGCCCUUCGUCCAAAGAAAGCAGCUACCAAGUUGAAGAGAUCAUCCCACAUGGGAAGCUUGUAUAGAACUCUCAAAGGGAAAGUGGAAGGCUCAAGCUUAAGUGCUAAUAAACAGCAAGGCAAAAAAUCUAAGAUAGGAGGAGGAGGGUCUACUGGUGGAAAGCAGGGCAUGGCUGAUGCUCUGGCAGAGAUGACAAAAAGAUCAGCUUAUUUCCAACAGAUUGAAGAAGAUGUUCAAAAGCAUUCGAAAUCAAUCAUGGAGGUUAAAGCUGCUAUCAACUCCUUCCAAUCAAAGGACAUGUCUGAACUUAUCAAGUUCCAUAAGCAAGUUGAACAACAUCUAGAGAAACUGACUGAUGAAACUCAGGUGCUGGCAAGGUUUGAAGGUUUUCCAUCGAAGAAGCUGGAGUCAUUAAGAAGUGCAGCAGCCCUGUAUUUGAAACUAGAAGAUAUUGUCAAUAAGCUGGAAAAAUGGAAAGUGGCUCCUCCUUUAGGCCAGCUACUUGAUAAGGUUGAGUCAUUCUUCACUAAGAUCAAAGGGGAAAUAGAUGCAUUGGAAAGGAGUAAAGAUGAAGAAGCUAAGAAGUUCCAAAGUCAUAAUAUCACAUUUGAUUUCAAUAUUUUGAUACGAAUUAAAGAAUGCAUGGUAGACGUUUCUUCAAGCUGCAUGGAAUUAGCACUUGAGGAAAAAAGAAAGGGAAAAGCCAAAGAAAGUAUUGAGAAUGGAAAGUGUAGUAGUAAGAGUGAGCAAGAACAAGGAAAAGCACAUACAAAAAUGCUUUGGAAGGCUUUUCAAUUUGCAUUUCGUGUGUAUAGCUUUGCAGGAGGACAAGAUGAUCGAGCUGAUAUGCUUACCAAACAACUUGCCCAUGAAAUACAAGUUGAUCCUCUUCAAGAGUAGUACUCAUAAAUAUAAAUAAAUAUAUUAUAAAUAUAAGCUAAUUAUCUAAAAUAUUUCCAAACACAUGA